AGUGCUUUAUUAUAAAGAUUAUUUAUGUGUCGUCGUUCCCAUCCCGUCCCGUCCGUCCGCCCGUCGGUGCGUGUGCUUGUGCGUUGUUCGAUCCGAGUGAAAACACAACAAUAACAAACGAGACGUCUUAUAUUCUCCGUUCUCGGGUGCCGAUCUGGCAACUCGCUUGCGUUUUAUGAUGGUGCCGCGAACGACGAUCUACGUACACGGGGUUACAACGACCGAGGUGGAUCUGCGUUGAUAACGCCGCCUAGUGCGUGUACCGUGUGUGUGUAGUGUGUGUUUGUGUUUGCGUGUUACAGUCCGAAUUUGGACACGACAAUGGAGGAGACCAAAGUGAUAUAUCACAUCGAUGACGAGGACACGCCGUACCUCGUCAAGCUGCCGAUUGCAGCCGACAAGGUCACGUUGGCCGAUUUCAAAAACGUCCUUAAUCGGCCCAAUUAUAAGUUUUUCUUCAAGUCUAUGGACGACGACUUUGGAGUUGUCAAAGAAGAAAUUGUUGAAGAUGAUUCUCCCUUGCCAUGUUUUAAUGGCCGUGUUGUUUCAUGGUUAGUUGCUGCUGAAGGUAGUAAUAUUUCUGAUGGAACAUCUCAAGGCACAGAUUCUGGUCAUCAUACACAUAGAACACAAGGCGAUAAUCAGUUAGUAUCACUUGAAAAUGUACACAUUAUUUAUUUUACAAACAAGGAUAUACCUUAUGGUUCAUCUUCGAUGCUGAGUUCAGAGUUAGAAACUACUAGUUUCUUAGAAUCUGACGAGGAUGAUGCUUCAAGUCGAAUUACAACAACAACAGGACGAGCUACUAACAUUUCAARUGAAUGGCAGCGUUUAGCAGGUAGUGGUCGUCGCCGAACUCAACAACGGCGCAAAAGACACCAAAGACCAGCUGGUCCUGGAGGAAUGUGUCGUACGUCAUCAUUUUCAUCAGUUACUGAUUCCAGCAUGUCAUUGAAUAUAAUUACUGUGACUUUAAACAUGGAUUCUGUUAAUUUUUUGGGAAUAUCAAUUGUCGGGCAAAGUAAUAAUGGUGGAGAUGGUGGCAUUUAUGUUGGAUCUAUCAUGAAAGGUGGUGCAGUAGCUUUAGAUGGUAGAAUUGAACCUGGUGAUAUGAUAUUACAAGUUAAUGAUAUUAAUUUUGAAAAUAUGUCAAAUGAUCAAGCUGUUCGCGUCUUAAGGGAUGUGGUGCAAACACCUGGACCAAUUAAAUUAGUUGUCGCAAAGUGUUGGGAUCCAAAUCCAAAAUCGUAUUUUACUAUUCCUCGAACUGAACCAGUUCGACCUAUUGAUCCUGGUGCAUGGGUAGCACAUACUGCUGCAAUGAGAGGCGAAACUUAUCCUCUACGACCACCAUCUGUAUCAACAGUUACGUCUACUAGUUCUUCUCUAGUUUCAACCAUGGCAGAAACAGAAAUAAAUGCUGUUUCAGCUAAUGCAUUCAAAGACCUUCAAUUGGAUGUACGUACUACUGACAUGCUGAGUAUUGUUAGAGCUAUGGCUAGGCUUGAUUCUGGUUUAGAGAUYAGGGAUAGAAUGUGGCUCAAAAUUGUUAUUCCUAACUCUUUCAUUGGUGUUGAUGUAGUUGAAUGGUUAGAGACACAUGUCGAUGGAUUUCAGGAUCGUAGAGAAGCAAGGAAAUAUGCAUCGCACAUGCUCAAAGCUGGUUACAUCAAACAUACUGUAAAUAAAACCACUUUUUCCGAACAAUGUUAUUAUGUUUUUGGUGAUUUACUUUCUACAGGUAUGGAACAAUUGAAAAUAGAGGGAGAACCAAUUGAUAAUGUAGGUGUUACUAGUCGUGGUGCCUGGGAUAUGCCAUACUCAGGAACUUUCAACCCAAAU